GGUACUAAGUCUAUCACAACAAUAACCACAGCUACUAUUAUUAAUCUAAUUAAAGAUAAUUAUACAAGAGAUAUGCUUAAUUAUCUUAAAUGAUAAAUUGAGCCUUAGAGAAUUAUGACUCAACGUCUAAAAAUGAAUUACAAAACAUACGCAUAUAUCACCUAUUCAUAAAAAUAAAUCACUAUAGUCUUCUUUGCCUAAAAUGGAAUAAAAAUGUCUUGAAGAAAGAAGGGAUUUUCUUUCAGUGAACUUUUCGAAUAUGGCAUCUUCAAUGUAUAGUAAAGUGGACGAGUAUGGAUUCGAAAGGCCGGAAUCUUUCGAUUAUAAACAGUACGGAAACUUUCUCUCGCAAUACAUUGGGGUUUUAGCCAAACGCGCGAAAAGAUGGGAGGAUCUCAAGCCAACAGAUAGAUUUAAGAAGACAUCUACGCUAAAGCGAUUUGUACGUAAGGGGGUACCAAGCAGUGAGCGUGAGGCGGUUUGGAUGUCAAUUUCGGGUGCACAAGAGAUGCAAAACGAGUCAAUGGUGCAGUACAGCUCUUUGAAGAAAUACAUGGAGAAUACGACGAUAACAGAAAUGAUAAAAAUUGAUAUACCACGCACAUUCCCAGACAACAUAUACUUUGCGAAUGACAGCAUUCUUCCCGAGCAGCUGUUUAACAUUCUUGCAACUUUCGCGCAUCACAAUAAAGAAGUGGGUUACUGCCAAGGUUUGAAUUAUAUAGCCGGCCUACUGUUACUAGUAACAAAAAGCGAAGAAUCUUCCUUCUGGCUGCUAAAGGUACUAGUCGAGCAAAUUUUACCAAAGUAUUAUAUUAGAAGUAUGUCAGGGUUAUUGAUCGAUCUUGACGUAUUAGACGAAUUCGUUCAAAAAAAUGAGCCUGCCUUACACAGACAUAUCACAAGAGUUGGUAUGCCAUGGGCUGUUGCGAGUACCAAAUGGUUCAUUUGUUUAUAUGCCGAGGUACUGCCGACUGAAACGGUUCUAAGAAUAUGGGACUGCAUCUUCUAUGAAGGUUCAAAGGUGAUCUUUCGAGUUGCGUUGACCUUAAUUAAAAUUCACCGGCAACAAAUAUUGGAGGCCAGAGAUUUGGGUGAAAUGGUCGAGUGCUUUAGAAAAAUGGGGCAAAAUAUUAACGUCGUUAACUGUCAUCAGUUUAUGAUUGAAGUUUUUAAAACCCCAAGUUCAUUCUCAAACCGCUACUUGGAAAAAGUUCGUGAGAAACACUCAGCUUUACGAAGUACCUAAUGCUGCUCUCUCUCUGUCAACUCUAGUCUUGUUUUUAAGAAUUAUUUAUUUUAAUAAUGUGUAAUUUACAAUUUUUCAUUAAGAAUGCUUUUCUAAAAAAUC